GCGGGAGAGAGUAAGGAAGAGUGAGAGUGAGAGAAAAGUUCGCAUACUGACAAUUUCGCACUGACAUUUGUUAGCAUUGAAUGUGUUUUCCGCGUUCUUUUUCAAUUUUUACAUUCUCAAUCGUGAUCACAACGCUAACUAUUUUCUUCUUGACUUGCAUAUGUGACUGCAAUUAAAAACCCAAAUAUUGUUCUCAAAUUGUUAUAGAUUUAAUCUACACUACAAUUAACAUGUCUGCUCUCCAAAAGUCAAUUUUGAAAUCCAGACUACCACCAUCAGCCGUCAAUUUUUCAGCAUUAAAUUCCAGGAUUAACAAGCUGAAAGGAGGACAACGGAAGAGAGACUACGAUCCAGUAGAGUGGAAUCCAUAUUUUGAUUAUUCUAAGGAUGUGUUGGUGGGACAAAAUACUUUCCAUAUUUAUAUCAAAGGCACAGAAGGACCAUUAUUAGUUUUAUUACAUGGUGGUGGUUACAGUGGUUUAACAUGGGCAGAACUUACAAAAUCAAUUAUGACAAUGAUAUUAUGUAGAGUUAUGGCAAUUGAUCUUAGAGGUCAUGGGGAUACUUACACUACAAAUGAUGAAGAUUUGUCAGUGGAUACUUUAGCAUCGGAUGUUGCAGCUAUUAUAGAUAUAAUUGAACCUGAAGCUCCAAUAAUCCUUGUUGGUCACAGCAUGGGUGGAGCAGUAGCUGUGAGAGCAGCUCAGCUAAUCCCAAAUUUAUACGGAUUAGGAGUUAUAGAUGUUGUAGAAGGCACAGCAAUGGAUGCAUUAGCUUCUAUGCAAAGCUUUUUGAGAUCUAGGCCAUCUAGUUUUAGCACCAUAUCACAGGCAAUAGAAUGGUGUGUACGCAGUGGCCAAAUUCGUAAUAUACAGUCUGCAAAGGUCUCAGUUCCUGGGCAGAUAAAGAACAUUGAAACUAACAAAUUAGCAACUCAUGAUAUUGACUCUUUGUCAACCCAAUACACGUGUGAAUCUAAUCCAGAACCAGUUAUAUCGCGAGAUGAUAUUAUCCAAGAGGAAGAUUCGUGCAGUAUGCCGCCACCUGUGUCUCCUACUGUUCCUGCCAAUAGGAAAUAUGUUUGGAGAAUAGAUUUGGCAAAGACAGAGCAGCAUUGGUUCGGCUGGUUUAAAGGAUUGUCGACGGCAUUUUUGAAUGUCUCGGCACCAAAAAUGUUGUUGCUAGCAGGAGUUGAUAGACUAGAUCGUGAGCUCACCGUCGGACAGAUGCAAGGUAAAUUUCAAAUGCAAGUAUUACCUGCGUGCGGACACGCUGUUCACGAAGAUGUCCCGGAUAAAGUAGCAGAAGCUAUUGCUACAUUCAUGGUUAGGCAUAAAUUUGCAGAACCGGCAUCUGAUUUUCCACGGACUUUCCCGGCUUGUUAAGAAAGUUUACGAGAUAAAUUUAUUGAAUAAUGUGAAGAAUUUCUUUUUUAAUUAGCUGAUGAUUAUUUUAUUUCAAGGAAAUAUAUCCAUAAAAUAUAGACAUAUAUCGUACAUGUGUAAAUAAAGACAUUUAUCUUAAUGAAAA